AAUAACUAAGAUAAUGGCAGACAGCGCUACAAGGAGAGAGCUGAAUGGCAAUGAUUGUCGAUAAGAAGGGGUGGGGAGCUUAUUGUGAGCAAAUGUUUUUGGUCACACAGCACUGCAAAAUCCUUUUCCAAGCAAUUGGCCAUCUACAAUUUGCUUUACUGUUUACAAAGCACUUUUGAAGUCAUCAUCACACUUGACUCUUAGUUAACUUUGGGAGGUGAGUAAAUCAUAAACUACUGCUGAUUUUGGAAAAUUUUAUCUAGUGCAACCCCACAUCUCAGACAUUAGGAGACUAAGAUCUAAGAGGAGAGGUGUCUUCAAUGUCUAAAAAAAAAAAGAUGAAUGGAUGGGCAAAACAUGGACCUCAGGCUUCUAGACUCCUCAUGUUUGCCCUACUCCAUCACAAUGUAUGUUCACCAAAAGAAACUGGAAUUAAAAAUCAAAGGAAUGUCUAGUUAGGACUUUUAUUCACUUGAUAAUUAAUAGUCUCAUUAAAUUGAUGUCUGAGAUGUGGCUUUUGAUUUAAUUGAUUCAGUAUAGAAUGGACAUGACUCAACCCUUCAUUACCAAUUUUCCCAGACUCACCAGCUUUUCUGAGCGUUUCUUGGAAAGACGCACGCCCCUUGUCAGUGAGGUUCCCUGAGACUUAUGUCAUCCAGCAGAAGCACAGGAAGAGAUUUACAAGGUGAUUGUCCAGCUCACCCACAAGCACUUGACCACUCAGGAAAAAAAGAAAAAUCUGAAGCGAAGCUGCUAUUCUUCAUAUUCAGAGGCCCUGUAACCUCACCCUGUUGAAGUGCCUCAUUGUCUCCGAAAGUCCCGGUUUUAGGAAUCACUCAUCCCCAAGGAGAGACUUGUUAGGACUAGAAAAACUUGGAAUGAAGGUAUACUUUACCCAAGCUCGGUCAUUCAUGACUUCACUGUGGUGAAGAUUUAAACAUCUUCUUCCCCAGCCACUACUCAGAUGAGGAGGAGACAUUUGAGGAGGAUUCAGCCUUUAUUCCCAUCUCUCAGGGCACUGAAGUAUCUCCCAUCCUGAGCUCUGCUCUCCAUGACCCACGUUACUUUGAAAAACCAGACACCUUCAACCCUGACCACUUUCUGGAUGCCAAUGGGGCACUAAAGAAGAAUGAAGCUUUUAUCCCCUUCUCCUUAGGUGUUUGAACUCCUUUUGCAUCUUGAAACACUUCCCUGGCACCCACACUUGAUUAACCAGCCUCAUUCAAGAAGUGGACGAAUUUGUUACUGACAUCAUCCAGAGGUACUGGGAAACACUGGACCCCAGUGUCUCAAAGAACUUCAUUGAUUCCUUCCUGCUCCUCAUGAACAAGGCAAGGACUCUGCUGGAUUGGAGGAGCGCCCUGAUCCUGAGAGUGAGUUCCACUAUAAGACCAAACGGUGGUCCAGCUGUUAUUUGCUGGCACAGAGAUCUCUAGCACCACUCUCUGCCGUGCCCUUCUACUUUUUCUUAAGAACCCUGAUGUCUUAGCUCAGGGAGAAAUACGGCUCAGUCUUUACCGUGUACAUGGGUCCCCGGCCAGUAGUUAUUUUAUGUGGACAUGAAGCAGUGAAGGAGGCCCUGGUAGACCGAGCGGAUGAGUUCAGUGGCCGUGGAGAAUUGGCUUCAAUAGAGCGAAACUUCCAAGGUCAUGGUGUAGCCCUGGCUAAUGGAGAAAGAUGGAGGAUUCUUCGACGCUUCUCCCUGACCAUCCUUCGCGACUUCGGAAUGGGAAAGCGGAGCAUUGAGGAGAGGAUCCAGGAGGAGGCCAGCUUCCUACUAGAGGAAUUUCAGAAGACCAAGGGUACUCCCAUCGAACCCACUUUCUUCCUGAGCCGCACUGUCUCCAAUGUCAUCAGUUCUGUCGUCUUUGGAAGCCGCUUUGACUAUGAGGACAAGCAGUUCCUGAAGCUUCUGCAGAUGAUCAAUGAGAGUUUCACUGAGAUGAGCACACCCUGGGCACAGCUAUAUGACAUGUAUUCUGGUGUCAUGCAAUAUUUGCCAGGAAGACACAAUCGCAUCUAUUACUUGGUAGAAGAGCUCAAGGACUUCAUUGCCUCUCGGGUCAAGAUCAAUGAAGCAUCCCUUGACCCACAGAACCCUCGGGACUUUAUUGACUGUUUCCUUAUCAAGAUGCACCAGGAUAAAAAUAAUCCCCACACGGAAUUCAACCUCAAGAACUUGGUCCUCACCACUCUCAACCUCUUCUUUGCUGGCACUGAGACUGUGAGCUCCACCCUGCGCUAUGGAUUGCUGCUCCUGAUGAAACAUCCUGAGGUGGAAGUCAAGAUCCAUGAAGAGAUUGACCAGGUGAUAGGACCACACCGGAUCCCAAGUGUGGAUGACCGAGUCAAGAUGCCCUACACAGAUGCCGUGAUCCACGAGAUACAGAGACUGACAGAUAUCGUGCCCAUGGGUGUCCCCCAUAACGUCAUCCGAGACACUCAUUUCCGAGGCUACUUUCUACCCAAGGGCACCGAUGUGUUUCCCCUGCUUGGCUCAGUCCUCAAAGACCCAAAAUACUUCCGCUACCCAGAUGCCUUCUACCCCCAACACUUCUUGGAUGAGUCUGGCCGCUUCAAAAAGAAUGAAGCCUUUGUGCCUUUUUCUUCUGGAAAGCGCAUCUGCCUGGGCGAGGCCAUGGCCCGCAUGGAGCUCUUCCUGUACUUGACCUCCAUCCUUCAGAACUUCUCUCUACGCCCGCUGGUGCCACCUGCUGACAUCGAUAUCACGCCCAAAGUCUCAGGCUUUGGCAACAUCCCCCCGACCUAUGAGCUCUGCCUUGUGGCCCGCUGAGCGCCCCCGUGGGAGGACAGAGCUCUGCCCAAAUGGACAGGGUCACCCACCCUAAUCUCCCUAAAUUCUCACAACAGCCCUAAGAGAAGGCACUGUUACUACUGUCAUGGGGGUCACAGGUCAGCAAGGGUCACCUGAAAAUAUAGAGCUGCAUAUCUUCUCCAUCCAGUAGAAAAGCAACACCCUGUCCAAGAUUUCAGCCAAAGCCUGCAUAUUUUUCAUAUACUUGAUCACCUUUGGCUAGGUUUCUGUCUGUACCAAAUUCUUGUUGUAGAUUCCAUGUCUUUAUGGUGUUCCUUUAUCUUUGCCCUCAUAAUGACCAAAAUAUGGGUCACAAUCUUUUCUCCUUGAUCCUUAUAUCCACCCCCCCACACACAAAGGUAACAAGGAAUUCAAGACUACUGAGUAUAGCAAGUUUAUUGUGUAUUGUGUGUGUGACGUCAGUAGGGCACUGCAAACAACUCAAAAUGGUCUUUUUUACUUUCUUGUUAUUAAGUAUCUUUUCUGCCAGAUCACCACCAGAGAUUUCCUACUUGUUGGGCCACCCUUGUGUUGUAAUACCCCAGCCUCAACCGUCUUGCUGGCUCAUUACCUCUCCCUCCUCAUCAUCUCCUUUCCUAAACCUGGUUCCCUGGUUGUUCUUAGAACUUCCAACUCCAAAUACUCUCCAGUUCAUUUUAAAGAGUAGUUAAAUCACCCAUAGUUCUAUUAUUCCAUUUCUAAACUCCAUCAACUUGCUCAGCUGAUGAAAGCUUUCCCCCAUAAUUCAUUUUAUUUAACCAAUAUUUAUCAAAUACCCAACACGUGCCGACACACUCUUCAGGUGCAUGGGAUCCAUCAGUGAAUAAAAGGGACAAGAUUCUUGCCCUCAUAGAGCUUACAUUGUAGUGUGGAAGGUAGACAAUGAAGAAUAAACAUAAUAAAUAAACAAAUGACAUACUAUGUUAGGAAAGUAAAGUAGGGAAGUAGGAUAAGGAAUUCCAGGGUUGGUGUUUUAAAUCAGUGGUCAUGGGUGGUUUCACAAGGCAAUGAGGAGCAAGCCAUGGAGAUAUCUGGGAGGGAGUGUUCCUGGAAGAACAAUUAAAAAGAGCAGAGUCUAGG